AUGAUGAUGGCCCCAUCAUCGAAUAACCACUGGUACUACAAACUCUUCUUGUUCUUGUUAUCCAGCCAUAUCCCUGAUUGCACUGUUGCUUGGUCUCUCCCCAAAGUUGUAGUUCCUUACAAACCAAUUCUACACAUCAGACAGUCAAUUGGUGAGGUCCAACGUGCAGCAACUUAUCAUCAUGACCAUCAUCAUCAUCCUCCUCCAAGCCAUCCUCCAUCACAAAAGCAAGCAACAUGGUCAUUCCCCAAUGGUCAACACGUGCCACAGGUGAUUGCUGCAACACUAGUUGCGACGGCACUUUGGAUGGGCAAUCCUGUCCUGGCUGCCGAUGAGGCACUCUUGAAUGAAUUGUCCAAAGAAGACAGUAUAUUGGUCGAAUCUCGAUCGCCACCACCCAUCCAAGCGGAAUCGUCCCCACAAGCCAUGGCGUUGGCGAAAAAGUUGCAAACACUCCAUGCCAAAAUGUACGGUGCUUAUUGGUGCAAAUUCUGUGCCAAACAAAAAGAACUCUUUGGAAAACAGGCGUUUGACAACAAUAACAAUAAGAACGCGAUUGAAUACGUCGAAUGCAGCGGGGAUGGUGAAAACUCACAAGCCAAAACGCUCUGUAAAGACAAGGAUAUUCAAGGAUAUCCAGCUUGGGAGAUUAAUGGAAGACUUUAUUCGGGACAACGAUCGUUGGACGAGAUGGAAGUCAUGGUCCGAAUGGCAGAAGCAUCGGAACCGGGAAAUACCAAAGGAUCACCUCGCAUUCUGACAUCUUCCAGCAAACGUGCCAUGGACAUUUCGCAACAACUCGAGUCACUCCAAGGAUCGCUCUUUGGAUCCUACUGGGACCCACACACAUUUGAGCAAAAGGAGAGAUUGGGAAAAGAGGCAUUUUCCAAGCUUUCCUAUGUGGAGUGUGCCAAAGAUGCCGACAACUCACAGCUUGAUCUCUGUAAGGAAAAGCACGUUCAGGUGGUGCCGACAUGGCAAAUCAAUGGGGAAAUGUAUCCAGGAGAUCAAGAUCUAGACGAACUGGAAGAGAUCAUUGCCAGUAGCAGCAAGAAGAGCAAUAAGGCAACAGAUGCAAGCCCAGCGCUGUUGGCAUCGGCUGAAACACCCACGGAUGUACAAUCGCCGCCGCCACCACCAGCACAACAACAAUCCAAAGCACAAGAAAAGCCGUCGCCACGAGAGAUUUCCGAAACGUCCUCCAACAAAGCUUUGGCUCUGGCAAUUCAGAUGCAGUCUUUGGACACACGAAUGUACGGUGCCUACUUUUGUGACCAUUGCUACGAUCAGAAACAAGCCUUUGGCAAAGAAGCCUUCUCCAUUAUCCCUUACGUGGAGUGCACAAAAGAUGGCAAGGACUCGCAGCUUGGUCUAUGCUUGGAAAAGGGCAUACGCUCUGUCCCAACUUGGCAGAUCGCCGGGAAGCUAUAUGAGGGAGAGCGAAGCAUUGACCAGCUGCAAAAACUGGUUCAAGCGGAACUGGAACAAUCGAAAACUGUGCAAGUUGCAAAAACUAAGGACCAGCAACAACAAUCGGGCAAUGCUCCUCCGCCAAUUGUUGCAGUGUCAUCCGCCCGUGCGUUUCAAGUUGCAGAUGAAAUGGAAAAGGUUCAUGCCAAGCUGUAUGGGGCCUACUGGUGUAGGUAUACACAAGCACAGAAAGAGCGCUUUGGCCAGGAAGCCUUUGCCAAGAUCAACUAUGUGGAAUGUAGCGAAGAUGGGCUGAAUUCGGCCUCGGGAGUCUGCCGCGAGAAGGGUGUAGACGGUUACCCUACAUGGGAAGUCAACGGCAAGCUUUACCCCGGUGACCAAGACUUGGACGAGCUUGAAACUCUCGUUCAAGAGCAAUAG